GUUUCCGUUUCUCUUCCCGAAGGAAACUAUUUGCUAUCUUAUUCCCGCCAUGAUUUGGACAAUGUCUUUUUCCCGGACUCCGGGUGGUAGGUCUCAAUAAAGCAUCAGCUUUAGUGGCCCUAAAGGACUCCAACAACAAAGAAUGGAGGUGUCUCGAUGCUGGUGAGGGGCUCUUGAUUCAAAGAAUUUGAGCUAUCCUCCGUUUCCUUGGAUUAAGUCAGCUUGUCUUCCCUUCCCAGAUCAACAGACAACUUCACUUAUAAAAAAAAUGGAGAAUGAUCAGCAAGCAUAUCAUCUCAAGAAGUUAGUUGAGGAACUUACCACAUCAGGCAAAGACAACUUAGAUGAAGGAACAUUCAAGAAAUUAAAAAAAAUUUGCAAAAGUUCUGACAUAUACAUAGUUGAGUUAUACAGGUUACUUUGUAAACAGUUGAAGAAAAAUCAUGCAGAAAUAAGAUACAGUACCUUCCAAAUUUGUGAUGAAAUUUUUCGCAAGUCUCAUUGUUUUCGUGAACUGUUGCUGAAAAACUUUUCAAAUUUUGUGAACCUUGUGUUGGGUUUAGAUCCAAAGAAACCACUUCCAAAACCACUAACAGUUGCCAAAAGACUUAAACAAAAAGCUGUUGAAGCUAUUCAGCAUUGGUAUGAUAAUUUUAGUGAAGGUUAUGUUACAUUAAGAUUGGGCUAUAACUACUUAAGAGACUGUAAGAGGGUUGACUUUGCUGAGCUGACAGCCAGAACUGAAGCAGAGAGACAAAGAGCAGAAGAGGAAAGACAAAGAGUCGAAGAAAUUAAAAGAAAAAAGAUUGAAAAAAUUAGAAGGGACCUUCAAGAAACCUCUCCUGAAAUAAAGAAUUGCAUAGUACAGUUUCAGAAUUGUUUUAAGCUACUAAUCCCAGAUGUUCAUGAUUUUUUUAUUGUACUUAAUGAUGAAGACACUUCACAAAAAGGUGGAUUCAUUUGUGAUGAUGAAGAUAAUAAAGGAAGUAUUCCACAUGAGGAAGUAGAAGAAAACCUGGAAGAUAUUGAAUAUGGUUCAGAUUUCAUGCGUGCUCAUGGUAUUAUGAAAGGGACUAAUGUUCAGAUAAAUUUGGAGGAUGUUAGAAAAGUUCAGGAAACUGUAGACAAUGAGGUGGUGAUACGAAACCUUAGGGAGCAUGUACAAGUUUUGCGUACAAAAUUUUUGCCUUUGGUUAAGGGUUGGGAACAAACCAUGCGACCUUUCAGUGAGGGAAAUGGGAAUAUAAUCAGACAAAUUCUUGAUAUAAAGCAGUUAGUUGAAAGAUCUGUAAAAAAGUUUGAGUCUCUAAAAGUCCUACCUCAGGAAAAGCCAUAUCACACUGCAGAUAAUGAUUUUGAUAGUGAUGAUGAUGAUGACUUUCUGGAGGUACCCUUUGAUGAUCCCAGAGUGAUAAGUGCAGCAGCUUCUGAAGCUGCUCUUCUAGGUAUGAUAAAAUCACCCCAAAAUACAGAUCAUCUACAACCCAGUGAUCUACACAAUCAACCAUCAACUUCUGGUGUUUCUCACUUGUGUGGACAACAGUCAAUGAAGGAGACAGUUAAAAUGAAGAAAAAGCUUCAGACCAUAAGAUGUCCAGAUGAAUAUCUCAGCAAAGAAAGCUUUACACCUAAACGCCAUCAUAAUCCCCUAGCUGGACUAAGUCAAGUGUGGACUGCCACCCCAGACUUACAUGAGCAGGAGGAAAUGGAGAAUACAGGAGGAAUAUUGGGUGUGGCAACACAAAGAGUAAACUAUGAGCGGACAUGGGAACCUGUUAAAUGGGCUUGCCGAGCUCCUCUUAAGUCAGGUCGGUUGUGCCCUCGCAUGGAUCGAGAAAAAUGCCCUUUUCAUGGCCCAGUUGUGCCCCGUGAUGAAGUUGGCAAGCCUCUUAAUCCUGAAGAUGCAGCAAGAGAACGUGCUGCUCGUGAACAGUAUGAAAGAGACCAUCCAGCCUGGCAGGAUCCUCAACUUUUAGCUGAAAUAAAGGCAGCUACAGGUGUUGAUCUCAAGGUGCCGAAAGGGCGGCAAAAACGCAAACAUAGGUAUGAAAAUUUGACUGAUUUAAGAAAGAACACAUCAAGAGAGAGACUUGCUAAGAAGGUUUUAAGUAAAAAGGCUUUACGACGUUUAAAUACAGCCUUAGCUCGAGAAUAUACAUCAUCUCCUAAUGAGUCCUCUAUUUUCAACUUUGGUCAAAGCUAAAAUAUAUUUCUGAACUGGACUGGCAAUGACAUCAGGUAUUUUGGGUGCUAAAUUUGCAUUUCUGAUAAAAUACAGUGAGUGGGUAGCCAGUAAUGGCAGUUGCGGUGGAUAAAGGAGAAAUUGUUUUGCCAUGAUUGUAACAAUAACGGACAAUUCUGCAACCAAUGAACUAUGUCCUUGUUUCCGAAUUGACUAACUCGGUGGAUUUUGGUCUGUAUUUCUGAAGUCCAUUAUAUUGAGGUCCUUUUGCAUAUUUUUAAAGAUUUUUUUAGAAAAUGAUUAAUAUUAAGAACUACCCAACAUUUUGGAACAAACAGCAGUUACAGCUAUAUGCUAUACAAUUAAUUGUAUAUUUUAACUUGCCUGAUGGGACAGGCAAGUUCAAAAUGUUUAUUGCCUAUGAUAUAUGGAAUGAUUACUAAUUUAUUAAUUUAAUUUAAAGAUUAUUACCUGGCUGCAUAACAUAAUAAAUAUAGGCACUUUCAUUAGACAAUAAACCUAGUAAUGCACAGUACAAAGAAUGCAGACAGGUUGGUUGAAAGGUUGGUACUGUAUUUACCUAUGCCAGAGAGCUGGUACUUAACCCCUGCAAACUUAAAUAUACUGUAGUUAUAGAGUCCUAAAUACAUACUGUAUAUUGAGAAAUGACUAGAUUAGUGCAUAGCUUAGUGCAUAAUGUCAGUUUAGGUAUGUAGUAAAUCUUUAGAAGAAUGUCCAUUGAUUUUGAAAAUUAUUUCUUGUUUGAUGUGCUCAUUGAAGCUCAAUUUGUAUUUAUGUAAAGUUCGAGGAAUAUACCUUCCUUUCUUUCUACACAAGUUUCA